UUAAUACGAACGUUCUUGGAACAGUUUUCAGACUGAAUAGUUAAGAAUGGCAGAUCGAGUUCCUCUGAAGGCAACAGAGAAUGUGCUUGGGUCGACCAAGGAGCAGGGUGGCCAAGGGCAGGUUGAGGCCAAGAAGACAAAUCCCUACGGACCUGAUUACCCGAAAGGGAUCCUGGUAAAAUGGAAGUUGUCUGAUUUCGAUAUUGGUCGUCCUCUGGGCAAAGGAAAGUUUGGGAACGUGUAUUUAGCGAGAGAGAAGGCGAGCAAAUACAUCGUCGCCUUAAAGGUUCUCUUUAAGUCCCAGUUGCAGAAGGCCCAGGUUGAACAUCAACUCAGGCGUGAAAUUGAAAUCCAGUCCCAUCUUCGGCACAACAAUAUUCUUAGGGAUAGGACGCUACCUGCGGCGGUCUGGAAGCAACAUGAUGGACAUUUUGACGAGAGGUUGUCUUGUAAAUAUAUUCGACAGAUGACCGAUGCUCUCAUCUACUGUCAUGCUAAAAAGGUUAUACACAGAGAUAUAAAGCCCGAGAACCUUCUUCUAGAUAUCAAAGGUGAUCUGAAGAUCGCUGAUUUUGGAUGGUCUGUUCACGCACCCAGCUCAAGACGAGGAACUAUGUGUGGAACCCUAGAUUAUCUGCCCCCAGAGAUGAUCGAGGGAAAGAUGCACGACGAGAAGGUGGACAUCUGGUCCUUGGGCAUCCUUACAUAUGAGUUCCUGGUCGGUAAACCACCAUUCGAGGCUGCCGAUAACGCCGCCACAUACAGGAGGAUUAUACAGGGUGUUGGACAAGUUCAAUUCCCUGAUCAUGUUUCUGCAGAGGCACGUGAUUUGAUCAGGAAACUGUUGGUGAAGAACCCAGAGGAAAGAAUUCCACUUGUAGAGGUUCUAAAACAUCCCUGGAUCGUGAGGUAUUCAUCUGGAUCUGCACCUAAAGAAAACUAACCCGUCUUCUGCGCUCAGCACCAACAGAUGGACCCUGAGAAGUCGAUUCAUCCAUCGCGUUCUGUGCUCUCAUCAGGACCCUGAGAGAUCUCACUUGUCCGUCCUGUUUCACACGCUCUUCAUUCUUAUCAAUGCUCUUUAUUGCAGUGUUAAUGUUAAAAAUACUGUGUUCUAUCACAGCUUUAUCAUUUAAGAUGUUUUCCUUGAACUUUUCAAGCUAAAUAUGAACAAGAGGAUUCUGUAUAUAUAUGUAGACAGUGCAUGAGCUGUUAUGCCCUUAGUUAAAGUAAAAAAUAUUUUUUUAAAACAAAAUUAAAAAGUAUUCAUGCACUUAUUUUAACAUGUUUAGUUGCUAUUUUUUCCGUCGUACGAUGAUUUCAAUCCAUCGAUUGAAGGAUUUAAAUAUGAUUAUUUCUAUGAAUAAAUCUUUGUUAGAUUUAAAGCAGAAUUGUGAUUUAAUAGAUCUGUAAAGCUAGUGUUUAACACCAGCUGAUCACUCUGUCCAUAGUAAAAUGUAAAGCUUAAUGUAUGUUGUGAGCUGAAUUAUAUCACCACACUGGAGGAGAUAUUCUAUCCGACAGUAAGGUAUUACAAUCUGUUAAACUGGUUUACAAUAACCAAGGUUUUUCUCAAAAUAUGAUAUUCGAUUUUAAAACAAUUAAGGAAAUUAGUUUCUGCCACAAAUUCUUAUUUCCUAUAUCUUUGCGUCUCGAUAUCAUAAACUUCAAUUAUCUAAUACUAUGAACUCUGUUAAAUCUAAUAGAAGUUUGAAAUAUGAAAGGUUUACACCGUUAGGAUGUAAAACAGAUAAUGAAGAUUAGAAAAUUUGAGUUUGUGCCAAUAGCUCAAUUCCUUUCGUUGAGAGAUUUUAAAGAUCAAUAAGCCUAUUGCUGAAUCGUAGCAAAUUAAGUACCAAUAGUAAAUAGACGUCUAUCACAACGUGGAAGGGAUUAGCAGUAAUAAUUUAGAAUUAGUGGAAGUUCAUGGAAUAAAAUUAUAUUGGUAAUGUGAAA